AUAAAAAACAAAUUGAAAAGAACAAAAUGGGUUUAUUAUUAGCUGUCAAUGCUGGUAGUCAUCAUGAACCACGAGUAGUAAUUUUGCGUUAUAUUGGUGAUAAGAAAGAUAAAAAAAAUGUGCUUGGAUUAAUAGGAAAAGGGAUAACUUUUGAUAGCGGUGGUUAUGAUUUAAAACCUUCCAACUAUUUACAGUGUAUGAAGUUUGACAUGUCCGGAGCAGCGGUCGUAUGUGCGUCUUUUUUGGCCUUGGCUCAAAAAAAACCGAAAAUAAAUGUGGUAGCGGUGGCUUGCUUGACCGAAAAUGCGAUUGGAGGACACGCUACCCUUACCGAAUCAGUUAUAACCUCCAUGAGUGGUAAGACCGUAGAAAUUAAUAACACUGAUGCCGAAGGUCGUUUAGUUUUAGCCGAUGGAAUUACUUAUGCGAUUGAAAAAGAAAAAGUAAGCAAAAUUAUCACCGUGGCUACUCUAACGGGAGCCGUAGUAGCCGCAUUAGGGGAAAAUUUAACGGGGUUGCCAAUAACUGCGGAAAACACAAAAAACUUGAAAGAAAAUACGACCAUUGCCGACCUCAGCAACAUAAGCAGUAGUCGCUACAUGGGAGCCUCCAACGGAGCGGCCUUUUUACAAGAGUUUGUCGAAAAAUUACCUUUUAUUCACUGUGAUAUUGCCGGAACCGCCAAUAAAUCCAAAACUAAACGGGGAACCGGGGUCCUGGUAAAAACUUUAAUUGAAUUGGAAAAUAAAAAAGAAUUAACUGCCGAAGAGAAAGAAAAUUAUAAAUUAAUAACGAAUGAAGAUUUAAAUCAAGAAAAUAAAUAUACUGAAUUAGGUAAAGUAGAAAUCGGAAAGGGGGGAAAAGGUGAGAUGGAGAUAGCCGAAGUCAAGAAAAAAAAGGAGAGUUAUUGA